AUGAGUCACUCGACGAACGAAAUACUUCCCGAGACCAUUUCGUCAUACGAGGAAUACUCAACUCGUCUUUUAAAUGUUCUUUCAACACACACGGAGUGUUUUGUUCAUUACAAAUAUAGCAACGGAGUAUUAAUAGGGACCGAGUCACCUACUCGUGUUUUAUUGAAUAAUAUUUAUCAAAGUCUUCCUGUUGAGUGGCGUGUAAAUUUCUUUGAUAAAUUUCGGGAAGUUUCACUUCUUCAUCCCGAGAGUUCCUCUUUAGUAUGGCUCAAUGGUCUUUCCUUAAUUCUUCCCGACAUUUCGAUCCCAAAGGACAUCUCAAUUCCAGUUCCUCCUUCUUUACGAGAUUUAGUCGCAACUUGUAAGCAACUUUAUCCAAAAGGUACCACAUUAGUCGCUCAAAAGGGACGUUCAGUUCUUAUGAAUGAGAAGAAGAGUUACGAGUGCAAAGCUUUAUCGCAAAAGAUCACUGAGAUUUGGACCAAAACAGUUAUUGACAUUGGCUCAGGAAAGGGAUAUUUAUUACACGAAUUAGAAAAUUUAGGUCUUGAGGCUGUUGGCGUCGAAGGCGAACAAGACUUCUUAGACAAAAUGGAACAACGCGAAGAAAAAGUCCUUCAAAAAAGUCCACAAAAGUUUUCAAAAUCAACGCAAAAACCUUUUGAUAAUCAUAUCGGACAUCCUAAAACUAUUUCUGCGUAUUUAACGACCGAUAUAACGCCUCAGGAAUUCAUGACCAAAAUUUCAACGGUCACUGCUUCGAAGGAACUGUUAAUGACGUGUCUCCACGCAUGCGGGAACUUGACCUCAACACUUUUGAGGCUUUCUGUGAAGAUUCCGGAGGUGAAGGUUGUUGCUGCUGUUGGGUGUUGUUAUCACAAGUUGACAGAACGCAACGACUUCUGGAAAAGCACAACACAACGAGCAAAAUACGUUGAAGGGGAAAAUUUAAAUGUUCUGAGGAGUGUCAAACAUCCCCAUUUUGAUGAAGAAUUGAACGGAUUUCCAAUGAGCAAAUUUGUUAGUGAAAUUAUAGAGAAGGAAGGAAAAGAAUUUAAAUUGGCACAUAACGAAUUCUCGACGUUUGCAGACCCCCUCACUGUCACACAAAGACAAUAUCUGGAUAUGAUGAAACAACAAUCAUUCAAAGCAUUCUUCGAAUUUGUGAUGGAGAAAUUUAACGGCGCAAAAGAAGACCACCCAACGGGAAAAACAGUGAAUACAACGUUUAAAACGUAUUUUGAAAGUGCACUCGUUAACAUUAAAAAGAGAAAAACAUUUAAAUGGAAUGCAGAAAACUACGCUAAACAAUUUGAAGCAUUUUGUGACCAUUUUGUGUCAGCUGAAGAGUUCAAUGCGUUGUAUAAUGAGAGCGCUGUCGGAGAUAUACUUAUCGAAAGUGGGGCUAUUUUAUUACUGGGCGCUCUCUUUGCUCCGUUACUAGAAGGACUGAUCGUGUCUGACAGAGUACUCUAUAUGAAAGAGCAUUGCAAAGUGGCAUAUGCUGAAAGAGUAUUUGAUUCACGUGUAUCGCCAAGAUGUUUCUUGAUUGUUGCUAAGAAGUAA